GGUGGCUGGUGACAUCGGCGUGGAACAGAAACCUUCUCAUGCCUCGGAGUGAAGGGUGUUUUACGCACGCGGAAAUCCAUUACAGCGAGUUGCCAUGACGACAACCCUGGAUGGAGGAGCUCUAGCGGCUUAGACAGGUGUUGGGUUUGCGCAUCGCUCCCUAGACCGCGCGGCAAUGUGAGGGAGCUGCAGGGAUACCAACGCACUCGCGACGUCCCCUUCCAUGAUCGCAGCUGCCCUAGCGCUGUGGUAGACCGCCGAAUUUCUGUAUUGGGAGGGAGGAAUCAUACACGCCACCAUGGUGCACCACUCGGGAUCCAUUCAGUCCUUCAAACAGCAAAAAGGCAUGCACACAAGCACCAGUGAGGUUCUGAAGGAGAAGACUCUGAAGCCAUCUCGCCGCAGCCUGCCGUGUCUGGCGCAGAGUCAGACGCACCCGCACGGCCUGCAUCACUUCCUGUCCAUCCCCCUCAGCCCAGAGAGCACCAAGACACACACCACACACAGCGUCAGCACCUCCUGCACACACAUCACGCCGCAGACCACAGAAGCACCAAAGGACCAGUAUGUGGAGGUCUCGGAGGCGGGUGGUUUUGAGUCGAGAGUUGAGGAGUCGCUUCUCAUCCAGAAACCAGUGUGGCGAGCCAAGCUGGAGGCCCGCACGGAAUCCAUCAAAUCUGCCAAGAAUGUACGGCUGCAGCCCUCGGGGCUGCUGUUCCGAGAUGGGAAGAAGCGCAUCGACUACAUCCUGGUUUACAAGAAGUCCAGCCCUCAGGUGGAGAAGAGGUGUACCUUCGAGAGGAACCUGCGGGCAGAGGGACUCAUGCUAGAGAAGGAGCCCUCGUUGACCAAUAAUGACAUCAUGUUUGUGAAGAUCCACGCCCCCUGGGAUACCCUGUGUAAAUAUGCAGAACAGAUGAAUAUCAGGAUGCCUUUCAGGAAAAAAUGCUACUUCUCAGACUGGAAGAAGAAAGCGAUGGGCAGUCACUUCCAUCUGAGAUGUCGUCAGAUAAAGAGCUGGCUACCCAGGAACCCGAUGAAGCUGGACAAGGAAGCACUGCCUGACCUGGAGGAGACAGACUGCUACACGGCGCCUUUCAGCCGCGCCCGAAUGCACCACUUCACCAUAAACAAUAGAGAGACGUUUUUCUCCAACUCCACACGGAGCCGAAUCGUUCAUCACGUCCUUCAGCGCACAAAGUAUGAGGAUGGCAAAUCUAAGAUGGGAAUCAAUAGGUUACUGAGCAACAGCACUUAUGAGGCAGCGUUUCCCCCACAUGAGGGCGGCUACAAGAGCAGACACCCCAUAAAGACACAUGGGGCCCAGAACCACAGACACCUGCUGUAUGAGAGAUGGGCACGCUGGGGCAUCUGGUACAAGUACCAGCCUCUGGAUCUCAUCAGACGGUACUUUGGGGAGAAGAUUGGCCUGUACUUUGCGUGGCUUGGCUGGUAUACCGGCAUGUUGAUUCCUGCCGCUCUGGUGGGCCUCUUUGUCUUCCUCUAUGGCCUCUUCACCAUGGACUCCAGUCAAGUCAGCAAAGAGAUCUGUGAGGCGAACACCACAAUAAUGUGUCCAAUGUGUGAGGAGAACUGCAGCUCAUGGAAACUCAGUGAUAGCUGUGUGUAUGCCAAGGUGACUCAUCUUUUUGACAACGGAGGAACUGUGUUCUUUGCUAUAUUUAUGGCAAUAUGGGCCACGGUGUUCCUGGAGUUCUGGAAAAGGAGAAGGGCAGAGCUAACGUAUGACUGGGACCUAAUCGACUGGGAGGAGGAAGAGGAGGAACUACGUCCCCAGUUUGAGGCAAAGUACUCUCGGGUGGAGAGAGUGAACCCUAUUUCUGGCAAGCCUGAGCCUUUUCAGCCUUUCACAGACAAACUCAGCAGACUCAUGGUGUCCGUGUCCGGAAUCUUCUUCAUGAUCUCUCUGGUAUUGACUGCAGUGUUUGCAGUGGUGGUUUUCCGACUCAUCGCCAUGGAGAAGUUUGCAUCGUUCCAGUGGGAGUUUGUGAAGAAAAACUGGCAGUUUGCAACCUCUGGCACCGGAGUUUUCAUCAACUUCAUCAUCAUAAUGUCCCUCAAUGUGGUGUAUGAAAAAGUGGCAUAUUUACUCACUAAUUUGGAACACCCAAGGACAGAGUCUGAAUGGGAGAACAGCUUUGCCCUCAAGAUGUUUCUUUUCCAGUUUGUGAAUCUGAACAGCUCCACCUUCUACAUCGCCUUCUUCUUAGGGAGGUUUGCUGGCCGGCCAGGGAAAUACAAUAAGCUGUUCAACCGCUGGAGGCUUGAGGAGUGUCACCCCAGCGGCUGUUUGAUUGACCUGUGUCUGCAAAUGGGCGUGAUCAUGGUGUUUAAGCAGAUGUGGAACAACUUCAUGGAGCUCGGCUACCCUCUGCUGCAGAACUGGUGGUCCCGUCGCAAGAUCAGGAAACGGGGAGGUGGUGGAGGAAGGGGACCCGCCGUGGAGAGCAAGACUCAGCUGCCUCAGUGGGACAAGGACUGGACCCUGCAGCCCAUGAACGCUCACGGCCUGGUGGACGAAUACCUGGAGAUGGUCCUCCAGUUCGGCUUCACCACCAUCUUCGUGGCGGCGUUCCCCCUGGCUCCUCUGCUGGCGCUGCUCAACAACAUCAUUGAGAUCCGGCUGGACGCCUACAAGUUCGUCACCCAGUGGAGGAGACCUAUGCCCGCCCGCGCUACCGACAUCGGGAUCUGGCAUGGCAUUCUGGAGGGGAUUGGGGUGCUGGCGGUCAUCACGAAUGCCUUUGUCAUCGCCAUUACCUCUGACUACAUCCCUCGAUUUGUCUACGCCUUCAAGUACGGGCCCUGUGUGGACAAGGGCUACCACCACGAGAAUCGGUGCUUGAUGGGCUAUGUGAACAGCAGCCUGUCUGUGUUUGACAGGGGGGAGAACAGUCUGGCCCCAUCCAGAUACUGCAGGUACCGGGAUUACCGGGCCCCUCCCUGGAGUGCAGAACCGUACGAGUUCACUCUGCAGUUCUGGCACGUUCUCGCUGCUCGCCUGGCUUUCAUCAUCGUCUUUGAGCACCUGGUGUUUGGCAUCAAGUCGUUCAUCGCGUACCUGAUCCCAGACAUGCCUAAGGACCUGUGCGACCGCAUGCGCCGCGAGAAGUACCUCAUGCAGGAGAUGAUGUACGAGGCUGAGCUGGAGCAUCUGCAGAAGGAGCGCAAGAAGAACGGACGCAGAUAUCACCAUGAGUGGCCUUAACGACACACACACACACAAACACACACACAUACACACAAAGUCUGCCACAACAAGUGGUCACCAACAGGCCUGACAAUAACAAAAACAAAAACAUAACUUUCAGUCUGAUAUGAAGCACAUACAUCCUCAUACAUGAUGCUUAUACACCAACAUAAAACACUAACAUGCUUAAUGCCCAGAAUACAUACAUUUGAAAUACAUCCACGACCAUAUGCACAUGCAAGCACAUAGGCUGCAUAUACAUUUAAACACACAUACAAACAUACAGCACAGGGUGUUUUCCAAUUACUUCUAAUGAGCAUAAGGCUAGGGUUCCUCAGGGAAUCCGAAACACUUAACACAGCACAAGACAGAGGGAAAAUCUAAUUGGACAGAAGCACCAGACAAUUAUGCAUUUCAAUGUAUUUUGAUAUUCAUUUAAAUCUUUUUUGCCCUGCCAACCUGCAAGCAUAUUCUUAAAAUUUGCUGGAAAAACCUUGUCCAAACACACACACACACACACACACACACAGAUGCACAGGCAAGGCAUGAGCAUGUAGUCAUACACACUCACACACAUACACAUGCACACAAAUGCACAAAUGCAGUCAUACACACAUUACACACACCCAUAAGGUGUCCCUGCAGUGCCUGCUCUUGUGGUGGACAGCCUACUGAAUCCAUUUGACUCAGCUGCUGUGGUCAAACAGGGAGUUUUAGACUUGAAGAAGAGCAUGCCCUUCUCCCUUACUGGACCAGCCUCAACUGCCCCCACCCCAAACCUUCUCAUCCCGCACCAAGACAACUGCCCCCACCCCUACCCAUUCUGCCCCAAGACAGACUAUCUCUGUCCUCCGCACCAAAGAAGCCCCCUGUCUCCAUAGGUCAGCCCCCAACCUUAACCAUUUAUGCUCUUUACAACUCCAGUAUACUCAUUGACAUACACACUGACCACAAUGCACACAUAAAGAGACACACCUGAACUUGAGAAGAUAAACACACACACACACACACACACACACACACACACACACACACACACACACACACACACACAAACAUGAAAUCGCCAAGUUUACUAUGCAGGUUUGGGUCAAGGGAUCGCUUCCACCCCAUGCCCCUUUCCACCUCCCAGCACUUGCUUGUCACUCCUCAGCAAAUGUCACGUCUUCCCAUGUUUGGCAGCUAGCGCCCCCUCUGUCCAUUCUGACUCAGUGCAGCUUGGCGGUGUGUUCCCUAUGUGUGUCUCUCGUUAACUGUCCAUCCACACAGACACUGGCAAACCUCCUAACACUCCUGCCACUGGCGACUGUCCUGAAGAAACAGUUUCUUAGUGUGAUCACCAAAAAAAUAUGAAAGGAAAAGAAAUAGACAUUAUUUAUGCAAAGAGACAGAAUCUGUGCAUCACAGUACAUAACUCUUGCCCUCAAAGCAUGCAAAAGCCCUCAUUCACUGCAGCUGAAGCAUUUGUAUCUCAACCCAAUCAAUGCAGCAAAAAAACAUUCAAAUCUUUUCUAGAAAUUUCUUGGAAAAUGCAUGUACUUUUGGUAUCAAAAUAACGUUAUCAGUCUGUUUUUCUUUUUGUAAUUGACAGUUUUUUCUGCCUCUCCCCCCCUCCUGGGCUUUGUGUGAGCUUUUUGUGGGUGUUUUAAACUGCUCCACUUGAUAACUGUGCUUGCUACGUUGUGAAUGUUUCAUCACUUUUUUGAAGAUAUCAAUGUUCUGUGUGCCUACAGUUCAGCAGACCAGAUGUUUCACAAACAAACAAAACACACACAUACCACCAUGCCCAUUCGUGCCUAGGAGUAUGGGGGGGUUAUUGGAGCAAGCAUCUGAAAUGGCUCGAACCAGAACCCCCUUCAGUGUGAAUCUUGUGAUCUUUGUCUGGAUAGCUGUGAUAUACGCAAGCUUGUGCUGUUAUUGUGUCCCCUCACACACACGCAAACACUCGUGGAAAACUGACCAAGGAUGUUUUAGAAGGACAAUUUGGGGCAUCUCCCAACAAGACUAAUGGACUAAAAGUGUUUACAUAGAAUCAGAAUCUUCCAUUGUAGUUGUGUGUGGCCAGUAUUCUGGGAUUGGCUGCUCUUUUGAAACCUACUAUGUCAUGUUGACACUUAACUUUAUUGUCAUACUCUAAUAUAUAGUUGAAGCAAUCACAGCAUCAAAGAGACGUAGCUCUGGCUUUAACAGUUUUUAAAUGUAAUUGUUUAAAUUUGAUUGAAUUGUUUUUUAAGCUUGUUUGUAUGUGUCAGAAUUUCUCUAUGUUCUGUAUUGUUGAUGUUGUGUGAGUUUGUGUUUGUAUGUAUGUAUGUAUGUAUGUAUGUAUGUGAGUGAGUGAGUGAGUGAGUGAGUGAGUGAGUGAGUGAGUGAGUGAGUGAGUGAGUGUGUGUGUGUGUGUGUGUGUGUGUGUGUGUGUGUGUGUGUGUGUGUGUGUUUGUGUGUGUGUGUAUGCUAAGUGUGAAAAUGGUUUGCAUGUGCCACUGUGUCAUGUCCUGUUCUCUUAGCCAGUGUAAAGGUCCCACUCUCCUCAGGUGUUUGUGAAUGUUCACAGGUGAAAACUUUGUCUUAGGUGUAUCCAGGUGUAUACAGGCCUAUUGUGCUAUUUUCAAAAGUCUAUAUUUUAUAUAGUCUAUAUUUUUUCUGCAUCUGCAUGGAAACACACGGCAUCAUCCCCUCGUCAGCUGAAGCACUUUAAAGCAUGUGUUUGUUUUCUUAUUCAACACUGAGAAGGACGUUGUGCAUUUCUGUUCCUUUAGAUGAGCUUUUUAUUCACUCCCUGCCACUUUAAAUUGGAUUUCCAUUGAUAUGCAAUUGGAGGAGGACAAGACUCCUGACACUGCAGACUCGACUCCUUCACCAUGGGGGCUGUCUUGAAAAUCUAUGCAUGUUCUUUACACUGACACUGACCAUGUCCAUUUAGAUCAGUGCAGCGCAGAUGUUUAUAUGUGCAACUGUAGUGUGCAGAGUGCAUGGCUUUACAUUGAUAUGAAAACAUUGACUUGUGACAACUGUUGAAUCUUUGUCUCUUACCAAAACAAGAACUGCUUACUGCUGUUCCUCAGCUGAUCAUAUUAACGUAUGAAACUGUCGUAUCACUACAUGGCCUUUUAUGUGACCAGUCUUGCUGGUGUGUGUGUGUGUGUGUGUGUGUGUGUGUGUCUACAUGUGUCUACAUGUGUAUACAUGUGUGUGUGUGUGCGUGUGAGAGAAAGAGAGAGAGAGAGAGGUGUAGGAAUGAUCAAUUUAAUUGAUCCCUACGUGGGUCUUGCAAAGAAAGAGUAGUUAGUCGCUGCCACAGCCCUGUUACUGUAACUAAAGAACGUAAACAUGACUGCCCACAGUCCACAGGGUUGCAGCCAUAAUAAACUAACAUUUUUUCAAAAUAGAUACGGCAUAUUAAUGUAUGUAUGCCAUGGAUGGAUCAAUGUUUUGCAGAGAAGCACAACUGGCUGUCAAUAUGCCAUUUGCAAUUUCAAAUGGCAGCUGCAAGGUUCACCAAGUAAUAAAUCAAUAAUCGUUGCUACUCUUCCCAAAUAAUCUGGGAAAUAGAGUUCUGUAGUAAGAUUUAAUAAUACUAACAAAACAAACAAAACAAUAAAAAUCUAAUUACAUCUGAUCAUCUGUCAUCUGAUCAUGGCAACAUGAAGAGUUUAUAUUAGGAAGCUUGGUAUGGUAUAUUAUAGGAAAGCGGUAUGGUAUCUUGGCCUAUCCACGUAGUAAUAGUCAAACCUCAAGAUUGUUGGAAUUUUACUGGUCUCAAAGCUGUUACACUGUCUGAACCCCCAGCAGUUAUCUUUGUUGUUGUCAAAAAGCGGUCUGACAGUUAUGGUGUGUCUGAUGUUGCUGACAUUCUUUGUCAUCAUUAGGACAUGCAUUCCCACUUAUUUUAAUGAGGCAUCAUAAACAAUCAACAAAUCAUCUGAUAUCUGAUUGAAAACAAAUAUAUUUGUGAUUGGGGUAAGGGUCAAAGUUAUGGGUAUUGGCUGUUGUUAACUGUUGUACCUGACAGUCAGGCAGUAAGUUGACAGCUGACAGUUAACUGACGUAAAACGUUAUCUGAUUAUGUACUUAAAUGGCUUUGAUGGUUUGUUGGCCGUUGUGUGAUGGACUUUGAAAAUUAAGUGGGACCAGACAGUCACUGUGUUUGGACAUAACCUGCUGUUCUUAUCCUAAUAAGGACCAAGGCUAUCCCUAGACCCCAAGAGUAUCCCUGCCAUGGCACAGGGGGAUCUCCUAAUAUGUGAGUGUGAGUGAACGAUGUGACAAGAGUGAGAAAGCACACCAUCGAUUGUACUCCAGUGUGUGACCUAAAUACUUCAGUGCUGGAUGGUGUUUUCUUCAUCCCUGUUUACAUGUAAAAUUAAAUGUAAAGAACAACCUGUAACAUAGAAAUGAAUUUGAAUAUCACUCUUUUCUGUAAUAAAUCAUUGAUUGUAUCUUU